CUUUCGCUUCUAGCGUUCCUUGUAGCGCAACGGAAACCCGACGACGAAACUGGCGUUGUGCGUCACGUGACCUGCUUUACAACCGGGUCACACUUCAAACUUAAUGCACAAAAUCUCCAUCUGAUAAAACAAAUAAAGUGUUAAAUCCGAGAGCAGUCUAUCGGGUUACAUUUUUUGCAGUCUAAUAAUAAACAAUGUCGCUUUCAGCAGCGCGUUCGUUUCUUUCGGAGGCGGCAUACGGCGAGCAGGAGCUGGACGCCAAUUCAGCGCUGAUGGAGCUCGAUAAAGGUUUACGGUCUUGUAAACUGGGCGAGCAGUGUGAAGCCGUGGUCCUUUUUCCCAAACUCUUCCAGAAAUACCCGUUCCCCAUCCUCAUCAACUCUGCCUUCCUGAAGCUGGCAGAUAUCUUCAGACUUGGCAACAAUUUCCUGCGGCUGUGUGUGCUGAAGGUCACGCAGCUGAGUGAAAAACACUUGGAGAAGAUCCUGAAUGUGGAUGAGUUUGUCAAAAGAGUGUUUUCUGUCAUCCACAGCAAUGACCCUGUGGCCCGAGCAAUCACCCUCAGAAUGCUGGGAAGUUUAGCUUCCAUCAUUCCAGAGAGAAAGAACGCUCACCACAGCAUCCGCCAAAGCCUGGACUCUCAUGAUAAUGUUGAAGUAGAAGCUGCUAUUUUUGCAGCCGCUAGCUUCUCAUCACACUCCAAAGAUUUUGCAGCAGGAAUUUGCAACAAGAUUAGUGAGAUGAUUCAAGGACUGGACACUCCAGUAGAGCUAAAGCUGAAGUUGAUCCCGAUGCUGCAGCACAUGCACCAUGAUGCCAGCCUGGCGUCGUGCAGCAGAGAGUUACUGCAGGAGCUGGUGUCCUCGUACCCAUCCACAUCCAUGCUGAUCGUCACACUGCACACCUUUACCCAGCUGGCCACAUCUUCACUCGUUGACAUACCGGAGCAGAUUUGUCUUCUUCUGCAGUACUUGAAGGAAGACCCCAGAAAAGCUGUAAAAAGACUCUCCAUUCAGGAUCUCAAGCUCCUGGCCAAAAAGGCUCCUCAUUUGUGGACCAGGAAAAACAUACAGGUGCUGUGCGAGUGUGCACUCCACACCCCAUAUAACAGCCUGAAGCUGGGAAUGCUGUCUGUCCUCUCCACAUUGUCUGGCACCAUCGCUAUUAAACAGUACUUCAGCCCUAAUGCAGGUGAUUCAUCUCCUGCACCUCACCACACUGACCUGGUAAAGCUGGCACAGGAGUGCUGUUAUCACAGUGACCUGGCAGUUGCAGCACAUGGAAUCACAGUGUUGACUAGCAUUGCUGCUUUCUGCCCUGAGAAAGAGGUCAUUCAGCUGGAACAGGAAACAGUGAUGGGGAUGGAGUCUCUCAUUCUGCUCUGCAGUCAAGAUGACAGUAAGACUGCCCAGGCCACACUAAAAACGGCGCUCACGUCUCUGGUGCAGAUGUUGAAGACUUGUCCUCAUCUCAGUCAGAGCUCAGUGGAGCUCCUGCUUAGGCAGCUGCAUUGCGCAUGUGACCCUGCUCGGGUGCUCAUGUGUCAGGCUCUGGCUGCUAUUGCCACACAACAGCCAGUGCUGGUAGAGGGAAUGCUGGGAGACCUGCUGGAGCUCUUCAGGGUGGCAAGUCACAGGACUUCAGAGAAACAGCAGGAGCUUCUGGUGUCUUUGGCAACUGUGUUAUUUGUGGCCAGUCAGGCGUCUCUCUCAGCUGAGGUGAAGGCUGUGAUCAGACAACAGUUGGAGAAUGUGGCCAAUGGCUGGACCGUGUACCAAAUUGCCAGACAAGCGUCCCGCAUGGGCUGCCAUGAUUUUUCCAGGGAGUUGUACCAGAGUCUUCGCACCCGUGUGGCCUCCGAACACUUUUACUUCUGGCUUAACAGUCUGAUGGAGUUUUCCCAAGCGGAGCAGUGCCUUAGUGGCCUGGAAGAUGGAGACUACAGUGCAGCCAUGAGCGCCAUCUCUGAAGCACUGAAAUCCUACCAGAAGGGAAUCGCAUCUCUCACGGCUGCCAGUACGCCGCUCAGUCCGCUGACAUUCCAAUGUGAGUUUGUGAAGCUGCGUAUAGACACUCUUCAGGCUCUGUCUCAGCUCAUUUGCACCUGCAACAGUCUGAAGACCAGUCCUCCUCCUGCCAUCGCAACCACGAUCGCUCUGUCCUCGGGCAGUGACUUGCAGCGCUGCGGACGAAUCUCCACACAGAUGAAGUUUUCCAUGGAUGAGUUUAGAAGUCUCGCAGCUCGCUAUGCUGACCUGUACCAGUCUUCGUUUGAUGCGGACUAUGCCACCCUUCGCAAUGUUGAACUACAACAGCAGAGUUGCUUACUCGUAUCUUAUGUUAUCGAAGCUUUAAUAAUCGAUCCACAAACAGCCAGUUUCCAGGAGUUUGGCACUCAUGGAUCAAUUCUGGCAGAGAGCGAGUAUGAGCUGAGAAUGAUGGCUGUGUUCAAUCAUGUCCUGGAGGAAGUGGAAAAUCUAAGCAGGAAACACCCUCCUGUUUCUUACCUGCUUGCUCUCUCUCCAUCUCCCCGCACACCCAAUGAGCCGAUCCCAGUGCAGAACAACCAGCAGCUGACCUUAAAAGUGGAGGGUGUUAUUCAGCACGGCUCCAGUCCGGGACUCUUCCGGAAGAUUCAGGCAGUCUGUCUUAAAGUCAGCUCGACGUUACAGACAAAACCAGGAUCAGACUUCAAGAUUCCUCUGGAAUCCAAAACCAACGAGAUUGAACAGAAAGUAGAGCCUCAUAACGAUUACUUCAGCACACAGUUCCUGCUCAACUUCUCCAUCCUGGGCACACACCAGGUAUCUGUUGAAGCCUCAGUGGUGGACACCAGUGGGAUUGAAUGGAAGACCGGCCCUAAAAACACUGUUUCGGUGAAGUCUCUGGAAGACCCAUAUUCCCAGCAGCUUCGGCAUCAAUUACAGCAGCAGCAGCAGAACGUCCCGCAGCCUGCAGCCCAGAGGAACAUCAGCACACGCUUCCAAUAAAAACACAACCAAUACAUACUGCAGCAUAAUAAUGUUCUGUGGUGCUCUCCUCAUGGACUUUUGUUUGGAAGCAGCAUUAGGGUUCAUUUGGUCACUGUGUAAUAAUAAAUACGUAUACUUUUUCUUUGUUUUCUGCAGCUGACAAAUGAUCGGCCUGCAUUUGUAAUAAAAUAACUCAUUUACA